AUGGCAGUGCAGCAGGGGACCAUUCAGCUGCUGCUGGAAGGAGCUGUAAUUUUAGUCGGGGUCCAGGGGGCUCUUUCUUUGCUCUUCACUCUGGCCGAUGCGGAAGCAACCAUCGAUGCAAACGUCGCGGACACAGCGGAACCGGUUGGACUGGGCGAUGCCGUGCAGCUCCUCCAAUGGGAUGCACAGCGCUGUCAGGAUGCGACGAUGCUUCAUGUGCAAAGCUGGAUGCGAGUCUCGGGCUCCGAAGAUCUUCGUCGAGCACCGACGCCGACGCGACGGAAUUUCGUCGGGGAGGUCAACCAAGGACAAGGACAGUUCGCUGACAACCCCUACAGCCGAGAGUACGGCGGCCAUGGCCAGGACAGACAAUUUGGCCAGGAGCAAUUUUUCGUCGCUCUGAGCCAGGACCCGGAUCGCUCUGCAGCACCGGCACACCGACCCAAUGAGCCUCCCACGGUGCACAGGCACAGCUGGCAGCCAGCUUCAGCACACCCUGAGCGCAGCCACCAGGAGGACCCGAGGGCUUGGCAGAUGAUCGACAGCCCUCCCCGCAAAGAUGCGGGGGCUCCAGUGGACAACCUGCCGGCCGACCUGGUUGAAUGUACAGGGGCUGUGGACAAGGCCGAGUAUCACUCCCAUGCAGCCGAUCUCUUCACCAAGCUCCCUCCGGAGGCCUCUCCCGUGAUCUUUCAGGGUGACAUCAAUGCCCCGUUCAGCUGGGUGCAGUCAGAUAGAGGGGAUGUGGCUGCAGGGCGUACCUGGGAGCUGCAGCGGCUGCAGAAGGCGAGCCAGUGCGACUGGACGUACUUCCAGGAGCUUAGAGCGGAGGGUCAGGGUUCCUGGGAUGCAGGGUUUGCGGAGUGCCAGUCUGGCGAUCCGCAUGCGGCUGUUGCAGAGCACUUGUCGGCUGUCUACCAGGGCACCGAAGCAAAGCCAAUAGUUGAGCCGACCGGAGAGGCACGGGGAUUUUCGGUGGAUGAGGUCAAGCUGGCCGUCGGCCAGAUGAAGCGAGGGAAAGCGGUCGGGAUAGACUUGACUAGCCGUGAACUCUUUGAGGGUCUCUUGUCGGUCCCAGGGGGUGCCUCCCACCUUGCGGAGUUCUUUACCCAAAUCUUGGUGUCGAGGAAGGUGCCGGCAGACUGGAAUGUCUCUGUCCUUAUUCUCCUGGCUAAAAUACCUCAGCCACUCGGGCCACGUGACCUCAGACCCAUUGCUCUGGGUAGUGCAGCCUCCAAGCUCUUUUCGAGGUUAUUGUUAAACAGGAGCCUCCCCUUCUUGGGGCCCCGAAGCCCCUACCAGUGUGCCCGACAGCACCGUCAGUCUUGCGACUAUGUAUUUAGUGUAUGGCGCAUAUUUGAGUUGUGUCGGGAAUGGGGCCUUCCCUUGACGUGCGCAAAAAUUGAUGUCCAGAAGGCCUUUGAUUCGGUCAGCAGACCCCGUCUGAUUGAAAAGCUCCGCUCCCGCCUCGGGGACACGCCAGAGAUGGCCUGCUGGGAGCAGCUCCUCCAUGACACGAGGGCUCUUCUCGUUAGCCCUUGGGGAGUGUCCGGGUUUCUCAUGCAGUCGGGGAUUAAGCAGGGGGCAGUCGAGAGUCCGAGUUUCUUUGGGUUGCUGAUGGAAGAGGCUCUUGAAGAAACGGCAAGGGCUUUUGAGUGGCACAGGAGGCCCAAACUGUUUGCAGACUUCGAAUGGGAGGCGGCGCUCUUCAUGGAUGACGGAGCCGCGCUCUGGUGCAUUGCCGCUAUCCCACCCGACAAGGGCGCCUUCUAUGGCUACGCCGAAGGGUUGGGGGGAGCAACAUGCUUCUCCCGCAUGACCGGCAACCUUCAUAUUGAAUUCAAACAUAGCAUGGGACCAUCGUGGAUGGCAGGGACGCUGAUGCUGCUUCGCUAUGGACGCGGUGCAGGGGUUCAGGGAGUCGGGAUGGCAGGGAUGGUGGCGUUCCUCGGGCUCGGGGUCUCCGGACAGCCUGUGGAUGCCCUCGGCAAUUUCCCACCGUUCUGGUAUGUCAAUGCCCGCGCUGGCGCCGACACCCUCCUGUGGGAGCGAGGAGUCAACCCAAACCACCUCCUCGGAUGCACCGCCCGUCUCAUUGAGGCCAGAGGGGACCCACGCUACAGCCAGUUCACUUCUCUCCUGAUGGCUGACUUCGAGGUGGCUACGGGGGGGGACCUUCGACGGGCCCUUGUGUGCGAGCGGGAGCAACAGGAUGUCUGGCAGUGGGCCAGAUAUGUGGACGAGUGGAUGCAUGUGGAGUACCUCGAGACCUUCUUUCCCGUCCAACAGAAUGAGCUUGAACGGAUUUCCCCGGAAGGGCUUGGCACAGUUGACUCCCUUCCAGUGCCUGCCGAGGAGGAAAAUUUGGUCGAGAGGGUUCGAAGGGAGCAUUUCAACACCUUCUUGGUGUUGCCCGCUCUGCAACGGCGCCUCCAUGGGCUCGAGCCGAAUACCCAGGGUGCUGUGGGGGCCACCUCGGACGGGCCUCUGACACGGGCACUUGGGGAAUGGAUGCUCGACGCCAUCGACUUCCUUCGUGACGAGAGGGCUAGGGGUGAAGAUGGAUGUGCUGUGCACUUGCUGCGUGGCCGGAUGCUUGGCCGAAGGGAUCAGAGGUACAGGGGCCUUGCUAUCGAAGUUCUUGCUGGGCUGGAUGAUGUGGUCCCGGCAGGGUUCAUACAGACGGUCGAGCCUCCCGAGUACCUCGUGGAUUGGGCCAGGGAUGUGGAGGGUGAGUUGUACGAGCUCCUCCACUAUCGAUCCCAGGGAGCCUGUGGCUCUGACGCCACCAGUUUCGUACAAAGGGAGGUCAAGCAAAAGGGGCUUGCUCUGGAUGAGGAGGUCGACGCACAGCCUGGGGUCAUAGACCGCCUCACCUUGGUGCUGGCCUUCCAAGGAGUUGUGGGUCGCCUCCUGCGAAUGAUAGGGAUGAUCGUCGAGGAUGCCUUGACUGAGGAGCGAUCGGGCCCUGAUUGGAGCCCGCCAGAAGGGGAUGGGGAUGGGGAUGACACAUCCCUCAUGCAGUCUGCAUUGGUGACCACCGAUAAUGAUUGGUACCUCUUCCUGGCUGACUUCCGCAAUGCCCUCGAACCUAUGACAAAGGAAGCUCGCCUUGCAAACAGCCAGGUGAUAUGGCGUUGGUUGGACCACAGAGUGACGGAUUCCCUCUCGGGCAAGUGCUUGGGGCAUGCACGGGGGAGAGCGGGCGAAGUGCUUGCUCUCCUGGUGGCUGCCAUGGAGUCCUCGGCGGGCUUUCUGGCAGGGGAACACCACCUCGGGGUGUGCACAGCGUGGUUUCAGCGUUUGGCCCUCUUCGUGCCCACCGUUCCGGGUAGCCGCAGGGACCGUGGCCUUCCGGUUAGCCAAGAGCUGCCGGCUCCGGUGCUGUUCCAAAAGCCACUGCCCUUGGAGUCGGACUCGGACGAUGCCGAGGAGACAGCGAACCGGAGGCUCAUGAGAACAAACCGGCAGAGUGAACGGGACUUGGACGCCUUGGUGGAAGAGGAGCGACGUGACAGGGCAGAGUUGGUGGAGCACUCUGAAGCAAUGGAGGCCAUGCAAGCGGCUGCAGAGGAAGAGGAGGCAGCCGAGACCCAGCGGUUGGCAGAUGACUUCCUUGAGGAGGAGGGCGGGCUUCGCGACCUGUCGCCGGCCUCCUAUCGUGCGUGGGAAGACCGGGUGUUCAAGAGAGCUCUGCAAGGGCCGCCCACACGGAAACGGGCAUACCUGGACGUGGAACUGGCUUCGGGUAGCUCAGAUGCCCCUCGCGUGUCUCGCCGGUGGCGGGUGCCCCUACCUCAGUCGGGGGUCGCCUUCAGCUUGACCGCCACGGUGGUCCAUGAGGAGGACAUUGCCGACACGCCACCUGCUGCAGUUGCGGGCGGGACUGGUGUGACAGUGCCCGGGCCUCUGGCUACUGAUGUGGCUCUCACCGCCGGGGGUACCGCAGCUGAGGGGACAGACACCGAUGUGGAUACAGUAUUGGUUCCAGGGUCAGGGGUGCCUGUGACGACCCAACUCGAUGUGGGUGAGUUGUGCUCAGCCUCAGCGGUUGCAGGGGAGCCAGGGUUCGACGACAGGGAUCGGUUCCAAUUCACAGACCUUUCCAUGGAGCAGUUCCAACAGUUGUAUGGCCAGUGGAUGGGAGGGCUAGUGUCGACGGCAGAAGUGCAAGCCACACAUGGAUGUGACGUUGCGGAAAUGCUUGAACUGCAAUUUGUGGCGGUCUUCCGUAGGCAGAGACAGAUUUGCAGGCGGAAAAAGGGCAAUAACUGGCACCUGCUGGCUCGUGUCACGAAGAAGAACAACAAGCGCAAGUUCGGGGGCAGGACCCCGUGUGUCGGGUUGAGUCCUCAGGGCUUUCGAACGGUUUCGAAGGGGUGUUGGAGGAGUUUAGUGUUGCAGGGAUUAGGACUAGUUUAG